AUGUCCGUCCAGGCCAACGGCAAAACGCCUCCCCAGGCGUUCAGCGCAUCACCAUUUCAAUCAAGAUCUGAUUUUCAGACCGCCUGCCGCGCCAUUCUCGACCCACUCGUUCCUCAUUUCACCCCGGGCGGCAGUCGCGUCAAGAUAGGAUCGUCCACCACUCGGUUCGACGAGGGCGGUGCGCAGAUUGAGGGUUAUGCGCGGCCACUUUGGGGUCUAGCAUCCUUGCUGGCUGGUGGUUAUGAAUACCCUGAGGCUGCCCUCUGGAGAGAGGGUAUUAUUAAUGGCACGGAUCCAGAAAGCCCUGAGUUCUGGGGUGAUAUUGAGGAUCUCGAUCAGCGCAUGGUCGAAAUGUGUCCCAUUGGGUUUACAUUGGCCGUGGCACCCCAUGUCUUCUGGGAUCCUUUGACAGAUAAGCAGAAAGGCAAUGUGACAAAGUGGUUAAAUAGCAUCAAUGCGCGCGAAAUGCCUAAUACCAACUGGCUGUGGUUCCGCGUCUUCGCAAAUCUUGGACUCCGACAAAAUGGGGCUGAAUACUCUUUAUCGCGCAUUGAGGCUGAUAUGGAUCAUUUGGACACUUUCCACGUUGGCGGCGGUUGGAGCAACGAUGGCCCAAAAAGCCACCACCAAAUGGACUAUUACUCUGGAUCCUUUGCCAUUCAGUUCCUGCAACUACUUUAUGCCAAGCUAGCGGGGGACUUUGACCCUGAGCGAGCUGAGAAAUAUCGCAGCCGGGCCAGGGAAUUCGCUAAGGAUUUUGUGCACUACUUCGACCCCGAUGGAAGUUCAAUUCCUUUUGGACGAUCAAUGACCUAUCGCUUUGCAAUGGUCGGCUUCUGGGGUGCUCUGGGGUUCGCAGACGUUGAUCUUCCAGCGCCUUUGACCUGGGGCGUUGUCAAGGGGAUCCUGCUCCGUCAUUUCCGGUGGUGGUCAACACAAGAGGACAUCUUCAGCAACGACGGCACCUUGAACCUGGGGUACUCGUAUGCCAACACAUACCUGACGGAGAACUACAAUUCUCCGGGAUCUCCAUACUGGUGCUGUCUCGCAUUCAUCCCUUUGGCACUGCCAGAAACACAUCCUUUCUGGUCCGCUGCAGAGGAGCCAUACCCAAGUGCUGCACUGCCCGAGAUUGCAGUCCUUAAGUACCCCAAACACAUUAUCGUUCGUCAGGGUGGACACUCAUUCCUACUGUCUUCCGGACAAGCGUGUCACUAUCCGCUGAAAGCGACGCAAGCCAAAUACGGAAAGUUUGCUUAUAGUGCAGCCUUCGGGUAUUCUGUGCCCACAGGCUCCUAUAUGCUAGAGCAGCACGCACCAGACAGUAUGCUUGCACUGUCUGAAGAUGGCGGCGAGAUCUGGCAGACGCGAAGACUAGCGCUCGACGCCCGAUUUGAGGAACCAGACCCUAAUGGGCCAACUGUUCUGGUCUCGAGCUGGAAACCAUGGCCAGAUGUGGAAGUAGAGACAACCUUGAUCCCUCUGACUGGGAAAUGCGAGAACUGGCAUCUACGUGCCCACCGUGUGCGUACCGGACGUAAUCUGCAAACUUCGGAAGGUGCCUUUGCAAUCUAUGGGUGCCGCAGUGACAAUGGGCGCAUGCUAGGACCGAUGAUUGGAGAAGCUGAUGAGGGGACGAAGGAAGAUAAUCGCAGUGCCCUGGUUGUCUCUUCGGCAGGUGCUGUUGGUAUUGUCGAACUGCAGUCGACAGUUACCCGACAAGGGAAAAACGUGCUGGCAGACCCUAACUCGAACCUCAUCCAUGGCCGUACACUUUUGCCGUCAUUACAAAUGGAUCUGGCUGCUGGUCAAGAUUGCUGGUUCGUGUCCGCUGUACUGGAUACCACGGGAAUCACACCCUUGCAUUUCUCAGUUGCUCAAGACCAUCCGUUGUCAAUUGCUCUUCUCUUGGAUGCUGGUGCGCCAGUAGACGCGAAAAACGAUUUUGGCCAGACCCCCUUACACCGGACAGCUAAAGGAUACGAGCAGUCGCUAUCUGUGCUACUUGAGUAUGGAGCGGACAUCCAGGCCGUGGCCGAUAGUGGUUGGACAUCACUUCAUUGGGCUCUUAAAGAAAGCCACGACGACAUAGUCAAGCGUCUACUGGCCUGUGGUGUACCCUUGCAGACCCGGAAUAUUCUUGGAGAAACAGCGUUGCACCUGGCAGCGACAGUUGAUGACAAAAAGGUGGUAAAGCUGCUUCUUGACGCCAGUAUUGAUCAGUCAAUAGCAGACAAUCAAGGUGGUACGGCUUUGUAUCCUACUGCCGCCAUUGGCUAUACAUCAGUCAUUAAACUUCUCCUGGAUGCGGGAGCGGAAUUAUCAUGCAGGGACAUGGGCGGCCACACUGCCUUAUAUUGGGCGGCAUUGUCUGGAGAGAGCAAAGCAGUUCAGCUAAUCAUCGACCAUGGUGCUUCCAUUGAAAAUUUCACUGAGGAAGCUUUGUCUCAGGCCGCUGAGAAUGGCGAGGAGGCCGCUGUGGAGGUGCUUCUCAACUUUGAUGCCGAUCCAUCUUCGAAGGACUCGAAUGGUUCUACAGCACUACAUAGAGCGGCUGGCGCCGAUCAUCUAGAAGUUGGUGGAUAUACUAUUGAGCUAUGA